AGCAACAUUACCGACUAUGUCAACCCUUCCAGGCAUUCAUCUAUAUCUCAACAAGGCGUCCUACUCUGUUCAAUGAGGGUGGAGAUUGCGCUGUACCGCGUAUGUCACUCGUUUAUUCCAUUCGCAAAUACGUAUACAACGUAGGAGAAUAAAGUGAGCGAGUGAGUGAUUUUAAAACCUUACAAAGAAGAAAUUCACGUUGUUACGAAUUCGACCGGCGGGGAAUCGUAGAAAAAAUGGAUCAUGAAUGACGAAGAUAUGCGACUCGUUACGCAUUAUGUUAAACGAAGAUAAUAUUAUUGAAAAAGUUCAAGUCAUGUCUACGAGAUCGAAGGAGAAAGUAGUUGCUGCCUUUCGGAAAUUAUUCCGAUCAUCGGAGAAGCUUGCUGAACAGGAAAGUGGAAGUGAUAGCUCGACAAAUUCGCCUUCGAGACGGUUACUUAAUCGUCAUCAUCAUCGGCCUGAUGCAGUCACGCCGUCUGAUGGUUCCAUGCCUGAAAAUCCAGGCAGCAGUCAUACCGCACAUGGUAGUUGCUUCUUCAAAACAAAGAAGUCUUCCAGUACUUCCUCUCAGGGUAACAUCCCAGAGAAAGUUAGAUUACGUCGUUUGAUGAAAGAACUCAGUGAAAUUCAAAGAACUCAACAUCGCCGAGAUGCAACUUUUACCGCCGAGCUCAUCAAUGACAAUCUAUUUGAGUGGCAUGUGAGACUUCACAAAAUCGAUCCAGAAAGCGAGCUAGCUGCCGACAUGCGGGAACUCGAGAUACCCUAUAUACUUCUUCACGUAGUCUUUCCAGAAAAUUUUCCUUUCGCGCCACCUUUCAUGAGAGUAAUCUCGCCGAGAAUUGAGAAAGGUUUUGUCAUGGAAGGUGGGGCUAUUUGUAUGGAACUUUUAACACCUAGAGGAUGGGCCAGUGCAUAUACUAUCGAAGCUGUUAUCACGCAGUUUGCUGCCAGUAUCGUUAAGGGACAGGGACGCGUUGCUAGAAAACCAAAGACCAAUAAAGAAUUCAAUCGGCGAUCCGCUGAAGAAUCUUUUCGAAAUCUCGUUAAAACUCACGAGAAAUAUGGUUGGGUUACGCCUCCGCUUGCAGAAGGCUGAUUUUAAUGAUCUCGAUCGGGUAAUAAUCAUCUCAAUCAUUUAGUCGGUUCUAUUUUCAACGUUCUUACGUUGAGUUUAUUAUAUUUAUCAAAUUGUUCUAUUCAGAUCGUAGUUGUACGAUUAUCGAGUUUUCGAAGAUAUUGGAUAAGAAAUUUUUAUCGAAUGAUAUAAAAGAUCGAAGAAGUUUAGGGAAGGUCGAUUUUUCUUGUUUAUAUUUUUUCUUUUUUUUUUUUUUUCAAUCGAUACGUUCGAAAUAAUUGAGCAAAAUGUAUGAUGCACCAUUAUCUAUAAUUUUUUUGAUAGAGUUUUGUUAUAAACGUGCAUCUUUUGUAAAUAAUUUAAUGAGAGAAUAUCGUGUAUAUUAUAUUGAAUUAUUAUCGUGCUGGAUCAUGAUUUGAGAAAAUCUAGCACUUUUGAUUAUUGUGUUUUUCUUACGAAAAAUACUAUAAUCACGCAGUUAUUAUACAUAUUUAUUGGAUAAUAUAUAUUUUCCCACACUAACUUAGAGCGAGCGUACGAUGUUCUUCGUAAAAGUCAAAUUAAAAUCACCGUUUUUACAUGUCGAUUUCUCUAUUUAUGUACUAGUCAUAUAGAAUGAUCGUACAAAUAUAUUUAAAAACAGAAAAAAAAAUAUAUAUAUAUAUCUAUACAUAUAUAAAAAAAAGAAACAGAAUAUUUACGUAUAAUGUGUUAUUCGUUGAUACAUCUUUCAAAUGAAAUGUUUUUUUUUUUUUUUUUUUCUUUUUUUUUGUAAUCUUCGUCGUUAGAGA